AGGUUCGGUGAGCGCUUCGGUCCGUGAGUGCGAGCGAGCCGCGGCAGCACUUCGGACGCUCUCCCCAUCUCUCAGCGGUGAAUGGCGGCGGGAUGGAGCACGAAGGGAGCGGCGGCAGCGGGGGGUCGGCCGGGCUCCUACAGCAGAUCCUCAGCCUGAAGCUCGUCCCGCGGGUGGGCAACGGGACCCUGUGCCCCAACUCCACUUCUCUCUGCUCCUUCCCAGAGAUGUGGUAUGGUGUGUUCCUGUGGGCACUGGUGUCCUCUCUCUUCUUCCAUGUCCCUGCUGGAUUACUGGCCCUCUUCACCCUCAGACAUCACAAAUAUGGUGCUGCAAUUGCUGGAGUAUACCGAGCAGCAGGAAAGGAAAUGAUCCCAUUUGAAGCCCUCACCUUGGGCACUGGACAGACAUUUUGUGUAGUGGUGGUCUCCUUCUUACGGAUUUUAGCUACUCUAUAGCGUACACCUGUAGGCCAUGAUGUUGAACCUAAGUUUGAUAGGCUCCUCACAAAAAGAAUACAUUAUGGAAUGUAGUGUGUUCUUACUUCUUCAAGUGGAAGAAACUUGGAUGAAGCAGUAUGUGAAAAAUGACAUCUCAGCCCUUUCUUCAGUUUGAAGCUCUAGGAACUGAAGAUCUUUCUGGACUCCUAUUGUCCUCAACCAAAACAAAUCAAGUUUCUUAGCACUUUUUUUUUUUUUUUUUUUUUGGAUUUAAUUUAAGCAGUUUUACAAGUGCACCUUUACCCACGGUAGGUCAACAGCCCUUCUGGGUUGACGUCCUUCACCCCGAAAUCUACAAUAUUCUGUGAGAAAAUGCAAUGUUGC